AGCACUCACUUUGCUGACAAGGUUCUCCAUUUCCCUGACACCAUGAAUUCUUGCUAAGUUGUGAGCGAUCCAAGCCUGUUGGCGAACUUACGGCUUUCUUCUGGCUCUAUCCCAAUAAUGGCGACGCCGACGACCACUGGCAGCAUAGGUGCUGCAACAACAAUGCCCGCCGACCCCAACACCGUCCCGCCCAUCUUUACACUCCUACCCAUCGUCGCACAAGCCUUCUCCUUCCUCGGCUCCGCCACAUCCUACGUCGCAUCCUCAAGCUACUCACUCAUCGCUCUACUUCUGACACCUCUUACCCUCGUCCUUCCCAUAUUGUCAUACGUCUUCGCGCCAUUCGUAUACACCGCACGAAUCCUGACGGAUAUGUUCAUCGUCACGCCGUACCAGGUCGCGGUGUACGUCCUUCAGGCGCUGUAUCCAUUAUAUGUGUUCGUAGGUGUGGCGUGCAUCGGUGGAUUGGUGGUAGGAUUUGGAGCGAGGCAGGUAGUGAGUUUGAUUGGGAGUGCGCUGUUGGGGAGUAGGGAACGGACUGAGGACGGGACGGAUGUGGUGCCGUCGCGAGGAGAGCUGGAUGAAGGAUAUAGUUCGGUGAUCGUUCCGAAGCAAGAAUUGAGGAGAGGCUCGGUGAAGGGAAAGCGCAGAGCUGGACGAUGAUGUUUGUUCGGGACGGUCAUCGUUGAGUGUGUACUCUCGUGUCUGUAUUCUAUCGACGUGUACCUUCAUAAUUUAUGCUUGCCCUCAUAUGGUUAGACUUCGUGCUCUGCUCGCAUUGAUAUCGACCAUUUCAUUUUGCCAACUGUGGACACUCUGUGGACUAUAUGGUGUGGAACUCGCGAUUACUUUGUGGCCCUUGUUGGGUUUGGGAUGAAGGAGGAAGGCUAUAUCAAGAGUCUUCCCGCAACCCUCGCUUGAAAAAACCAUGAACGGCGCAUGCAGGUCUCCUGACCCGCGUGACUAGACCCGAGUCUGCGUGUAUAUUUCAAGAAACCCUUUGCAUUGACUAGCGCCACCAAAAUUACACUCCGCUCGUAUCUGCACCAAGGAAUACCAGCCACUCAUGAGCCCAGUACCGAGCCUCUGCUUCUCGCCUGCUCUGUGGACAACACACCAUAUCUCCGUACCAC